UGCUUCCUCCGGAGGUUCCACCGAUCUUCCUCUCCUUCUCUCUGUUUUUUCCCCUCAACUUUUUCUUCUUGGAUUCAUUUUCUCGGACAGAGAGCGAAUCUGUCUGUUACCGUUCUUUACUCAUCUCUCCCUAAAUUGCAAAUUAUUCUUCGCCACAAAGAAAGUAAAAGCCGCGGAUUCGUUGUUCUGUGACUGGUCAAGGUAGCCCAGAGAGUCGCCAUGGAUCCAAAUCAACAGAGGGCUGGUGCUAAUCAGCCGCGUCCUCCGACGCAAACCUCCGAUUCGUCCUCCAUUCUCACUGUUUUUCUCCCAUUCAUCGCCAUCGCUGCCAUGAUAUUGAUCCCUUCAUCACCAUCAUCCUUUAAAAAUAGCCUUUCUAUCCUGCACCAAGUCCCGGAAGGCCAUGUGGGCGUGUAUUGGAGAGGAGGUGCUCUUCUGAAGACAAUUACAGAACCAGGUUUUCAUUUAAAGAUGCCUUUCAUAACCCAGUAUGAGCCUGUUCAAGUGACACUUCAGACAGAUAUGGUGACAGAUAUACCAUGUGGUACUAAAGGAGGCGUCAUGAUCAAUUUUGAGAAGAUAGAAGUUGUAAAUCGACUUCAUAAGGAAUAUGUCUAUGAGACAUUGCUCAAUUAUGGGGUGCAUUAUGACAAGACAUGGAUAUAUGACAAGAUUCAUCAUGAGAUUAAUCAGUUCUGCAGUUCUCAUAGUCUUCAACAGGUCUAUAUUGAUGUUUUUGAUCAGAUUGACGAAAAGAUGAAAGAUGCUCUCCAAGUUGAUUGCACCCGCUAUGCUCCAGGCAUUGAAGUUAUCAGUGUCCGUGUCACAAAACCAACCAUUCCAGAUAGCAUCAGACGCAACUUUGAGCAAAUGGAAGAGGAACGCACUAAGGUCUUAAUUGCUGUUGAAAGACAGAAAGUAUCUGAGAAGGAGGCAGAGACUUCGAAGAAGAUGGCUAUUAGUGAGGCUGAGAAAAAUGCCAAUGUUAGCAAGAUCCUUAUGGAGCAGAAAUUGGCGGAAAAGGAAGGUUCUAGGCGCCAGCAAGAAAUUGAGAACCUAAUGUACCUAGAACGUGAGAAGAGCCUGGCAGAUGCGGACUUCUACCGGGUAACAAAAGAGGCCGAAGCAAACAGGUUGAAGCUUACCCCUGAAUUUCUUGAGCUUAAAUUCAUCGAAGCCAUUGCCGAUAAUACAAAGAUAUUCUUUGGGGAUAAGCUGCCACAUAUGAUUUUUGAUCAGAGGCUACUCGGAAAUUUCUUGCAAAACAUGUCUAGAGAGGCACUUGCAGAAGGGGAGGCAGAUGCUUGAAUCGUAAGCUGCAUUAUGAGGCAUUUUUGCUAAGCUCGAUAAGACUUGACGGGAUUAUAUGUGAUUAAAUUUAGUACGAUAUUAUGUUUGGUUUGUUAUUGUAUAUAACCAGUUUACAUUCUCGUGGGUUGCAUUGGAACUUACGUUUGUCGCAUCCAUUAGUUCAAUAUACUAGUUAUAACA